AUCUUUUCAAGAUGGCGGCGAAGAAGAAGAAACCGAGGAAAGAGAAGAAAGUCCUUGUAUUCGAUGAAAACUCUCGAAGGGAAUAUCUUCUUGGUUUUCACAAGAGGAAAAAUGAACGAAGGAAAAAGGCCAUGGAAGAAUUAACAAAGCAGGAAAAAGAAAGAAGAAAGGAGCUUAAACAAGAGAAAAAGAAGAGCUUGAUUGAACAAAUGGAAAAACACAGAAAAGAAUUAGAGGCUCUGGAAUCAGAUGAUGAGAUUGAGGAGAAGGAAGCAGUUUCAACAGUUGAUGCGACAUUUGAACAUCCUGAGCAAGUUGUCACGGUUACCACAAUUAGUGAUGUGAACUUGGAUGGUGGAAAAUUUACAUGUAUUGGACCUAACAAAGGGUUGAUGGAAACAGAAACAUCACAACAAAAUUGUUCACCUUUAGAGAAACAGAAUAAAACCUUUGUUAAAAUGACGGAAAAAACCACUCCCAAACAUCAGCAAAACUCACACAAGAAUUUUAGAAGAAGAAGAACAUCAAAUAAGAAAACUGACCGCCAUCAGGAUGGGCCAGCUGGAAAAAAUAACAAGAGAAAAAAAGGUCAUUCUCAUCACAAAUCAAAACAUUUCAAGAAGAGUUGACUUUAACAACUCAUGUUGUAAAUUGUGUUUGAUGGCCAAGGGGAAAAUUAACAAGAACAGACAUCUUCAUCAUGACAUGGUUUAGUUCUGCACAUGCCUGAGUGAUACAUAGGGUGCAAACUUUAAAAAUCUUGGAAAGGUUUAGACCAAUUGAACAAGUUUUACCUUUCACUCUUCACUUGAAAAGAGAAAAAAAGGCUGUUGUAGCAUCUUCGGUGACAAAGGGGCUUGUAGGAAUCUGUACUUAUAUUUAUGAACAGUAAGAAUGUUUGCAAGUGGUCUCUACUUGAACAAGCCAGUUUGAUUACUCAUCCUUACUUUUUUUUUUUUUUUCAACUGAAUAUAAAAAUAAUGAAAAUAGGAAUAGCUAGUUAGAAGAAUGAACUAGUGUAAUUUUUGGUAUCACUGUGUUUGGCGUCAAUUUUUUUGCUGUUUACUUUUGGGAAACCUAUAUUGCAGAAACGAGGUACAGUGGCCUUACCUUUAAAUUCCUGCAGCAUUCUAUUCAUAUGUAUUCCUGUUCCAGUGAUAUUCACCAUGCCUUUCCUGUUACACUCAAUAUUACAGUCAGCCCCAACCAAAAUUUACUUCAUAUUUAAUGUGCUUUAUGGUGUGUUCAUCGAUACAUUGUUGUAACAAUGGCACCCAACCAAAAUUUACUUCAUGUUUAAUGUGCUUUAUGAUGUGUUCAUGGAUACAAUGUUGUAACAAUGGCACCCAACCAAAAUUUACUUCAUGUUUAAUGUGCUUUAUGAUGUGUUCAUGGAUACAAUGUUGUAACAUUUCUCACAGCUGGAGAGUGUCAGUCAUGACUCUUUUAGGAUUAACAAAACUUUCAUUGUCCUAAAGCAGAAAGAUAUAAAAGUCACAUGCUCUAGCCUAUCACUCAUGUAUCUCUACAAAAUAAGAAAUUUCUCCCCAACGGAAAUCUCCACAGACUAUGUCAAGAGGUAUAGAUGGGUGUCUGUUAUGCACAAGAGUGCCUCUUGAGGUGACAUCUUUGUGACUCUAUUUUGUCCAUUCAUUAAUAAACUACAAAAGGACUUUGAAAA